AUGAUACCAUACAAACGCAAAGAAUCUGGAACCACACAUCCUCUUCUGCCGGACCUGAAACGACCGCGGACCAGCCAGCCGACCAGUGACCAACAGAAAGACUCAACUAACGAAAUCAAGUAUGGCAUCGUCUUGCGCAAAUUUUAUCCUCCCGAGAUGAUCAAUGAGCGCGCUCUGGCAUACAACGCUGGCAAGAUUGAGCGACCAAUUGAGACGUUGGAGAAUGCCAUCAGUGAGACGCAGCCGCAGCGCGACAGCAUCCUUCCUGGCAAAUGUGUCGUCCAUUGGUACAAAUGUGAUACUCGUACGAUGGAUAACAGAGCCUUACACCUGGCGAGCGAGACAGCAGCGAAGCAUCAGUUGCCUCUGCUAUGCUUCUAUCUGAUAUCGCCUCAGGACUUCGAGGCACACCUGACCGCACCUAUCCGCGUUGACUUCAUCCUGCGCAACCUCCAAAAGUUGAAAGAAGAUCUGUCCGAGCUUGACAUUCCAUUGUACGUCGAGACGGUAGAAAGGAGAAGGGAACUGCCGUCGAGACUCAUCGAGCUUUGUACAAUCUGGGGUGCGAGCCAUGUGUAUUGCAAUGCCGAGUAUGAAGUCGACGAGCUCAGGCGAGAGGCCACGUUGACGAGGUCUUGCUUGGGGAAAGGGAUAUCCUUCAAUGUUAUCCACGAUACAUGCGUUGUUCAGCCUGGCUGCCUCAAAAGUGGCGCUGGAGGUGCACUUUCAGUCUACAGCCCCUGGCACCGCAAAUGGUGUGCAUACCUCAACGAACAUCCGGAACAACUGGACGCCUUUCCCCCUCCCAAGAAGAACCCUCCAGCUACACUGCAAGCCUACCCUGACCUCUUCGCCUGCAAGAUUCCAGACGCACCCAAGUCGAAACAGCUGAGGGAGGAAGAGAAGACAAGAUUCCACACAAUGUGGCCUGCAGGGGAACAUGAGGCUCGGGCGAGACUGAGCAAGUUCAUAUUGGAAAGGAUUCUGAAAUACCAUGAACACAGGAAUCUCCCGGGAGGCAACGCCACCUCGAAUCUUAGCGCACAUCUGGCAGCGGGCACUCUCGCGGCACGAACUGUGGUUCGUGAAGCUCGUGACGCCGCACCAUCUAAGAGAUUGACCGACGACCGCAAACAAGGACACUCAAUGUGGAUCGGGGAGGUGGCUUGGAGAGAUUUCUACAGGCACGUGCUGUGCCAUUGGCCUUAUAUCUGCAUGAACAAACCGUUCAAGCCAGAGUAUAGCAAUAUUGAGUGGGAAUAUGAUUUGGAUCAAUUCGGGAGAUGGACAGACGGAAAUACGGGCUUUCCUAUUGUCGACGCGGCAAUGCGGCAGGCAAGGCACACUGGAUAUAUGCACAACAGGUGUCGUAUGAUAGUGGCAUCAUUCCUGGCCAAAGACCUCCUCAUCGACUGGCGCAUGGGGGAGAAAUGGUUUAUGGAACACCUCAUCGAUGGUGACUUCGCAUCAAAUAACGGCGGAUGGGGCUUCUCUGCGAGUGUGGGAGUCGAUCCACAGCCAUAUUUUCGAAUCUUCAACCCGUUGCUUCAAAGUGAGAAAUUCGACCUGGAAGGAAACUAUAUACGUAAGUGGAUUCCUGAGCUUGCGGGUAUCAAGGACAAAGGCAUUCAUGACCCGUAUGGUCGGGGUUAUGCAAAGAUCGCCGAAGUGAAUGGGUAUCCAAGACCGAUGGUUGAUCAUAAAAAAGCACGAGAGCGGGCUCUGGCGCGAUACAAGGCAGGCAUCGGCAGGGAUACAGCCUAA